AUAAUAGUCAAGUUGGUCUUCAGACGUGUGUGUAAUAAACAUGAAAAUCAAGAGAGUAUGGUUUAUUAUGGUUUAUUAGUUUCUGCCAUGUAUAGUUUACAGCGUCGGUCAGUGGACGUGUUCGCGGAGCGCUCCUGGAAAACUGCGCUUCAUGGAAAAGCGCAGCGAUUCCCAGAUUUCCUGAAGAAUGGAAUAAGCCGGUCCUGAGCGACCGGAAACCACAAUUUACUGAGAAUGACUGGCGCGAGCAGUGUGCAGAUGGAGGAGCGUAACAUGUUGCGGCGGAUGGAGAGAGAGAGGCGGAGUCAGGAGGCUCAGCAGCAGGAGGAGGAGGAGCAGUACCGCACAUACACACACACUCCUCUAUUCAGCCAGCCCUUUAAGAGAGUGUGUGGUGAUGCGCUGUCGAGCCGCAUUCAAAGCAUGCUGGGAGAUUAUGAGCCGGAGCCGCAGUGUGUGUCCCCCAGAGCCCUGUGCGGCCCCGCGGAGCCCCUGUCCCCCCUGCAGACCCCCAAGCACAGCCCCUGCCGGCCGACGCCACCCCGGGCCCCCAGCAGACCCGCCCCCCCGCAAAAGCCCACCGCAUACGUGCGGCCGCUGGAUGGCCAGGAGCCACUGAGGACCUCGCCGGAACCCCUACAGGACCUGAAGGAGAGCAGCACAGCAGACACCCUGCAGCCUAUUGGUGUGUGCUCUGCGCAGUGUGUGUGUGUGCUGGACAUUCUGCAGGAAAUGACAUCAUGGCCUUCACUGCUGACCUCCAUCCACACGCCGGACACAGAGGAGCCGCAGAAGAGCCUGUCCACUGAGGUCAGAACACACACACACGCACACACACACACUGCUCCUUAA